AUGUCGACUAGUUUAUUAGCUUCGGUUUCGACGAACGUUAAAAUUUGGGAUAUAACAGCAAUUACAAGAAGCAUUAAAGUUAAUGGAAGUUUUAACUCGAGCACACCCGAACAAUUAUUUGGGGUUGAAUCGGCAUCCUUUAAACCGGAGAGCGCUUCAGAAACCGUUAAUGAAAAGCGUCCUUCCCUCAAUUCCUUCACAUCAUAUUAUUUAGAUCAGCGCUUGGCUGUGGCGGGAAACGAAGGAACUCUUACGAUAUAUGAUUCGCAGGGGAAUCCUUUAGAAUCUAUAACGUCAAAAAAUGAAGGAUCGAAGGUUCAGAACAUAAACUCCGUACAUUUCGCGAAUAAGUCGAGAUAUUUGUUGUUCGGGGGUUCGGAUAAAGUUGUAAACGUUUGGGACCGCGAAAGCUCUACAUUUGUCGACCCUUUGAAGGGACAUCGCGGUGAUAUCACGUGCAUAGAUUUGAACAUAGAUGAAACCAUUGUGGCAAGUUCGAGUGCAAGUGGGCACAUCCUUUUGCAUAAUCGGUUAAAAUCCAAUGCAUGCGAUAACUUGGUAGUGUUGACGAAGCAGUCGAUAAACGUCUUGGAAUACUCCUUUUUUAAGCGAGGGCUAUUAGCCGCUGGUGGAGAUGAUGGAUCAUUAAGAUUAUGGGAUACCGGUGUUUCUACAACAGCUUUACAGACAUUUGAAAAUGUGCAUCAUUUUGCAAUAAAGGGUGAAACAAGAGAAAAGAAUUUGAUGGAUAUAUUUUCGCCGGUAAAGGACACUUCGGUAGAAGAAGUCCAUAGCAUUCUUAAGCCUAAAGAGAAUACGAUUAAGGAAAAACAACAAUCGACACGAAAUAAUGAGAUAACAAAGGAUCUUACGAAAAUAAAUACAAGAGAUCCAAAAUUGGACGAAAGGAAUGUGCAAGACGAAGUCAAAGGAGAUUCUGUUCUUUUCAAUAAUUCGUUAAUCACUGGAACAUUAGACAGCCUGAAAACAAAGAUCAUUUCUAAAGUUAAAGAGACGAUAAGUAAUACCGAAGGAUUAUCCGUAAAUAAUAGCGACUCCCUCCCGCCGAAUAUUAUUAGUCCAAAGAAGCGCGUUUCAUUUGCUGAUAAUGAAAUGGCCUCUGAAAAUUUAGAAUCAUCAACAGAAAAGCCAUUUGGGAUGUCCCUAUCUAAUGGUAUUAAUGAGACCCAUGACGCGCCAAUUCUGACUGAAAUGGUUUUAUCACCCGACGAAAUAACUCCCGCUUUUCCUCCUCCAUUGACCAAAACUUCCAAGGAGGGCAGAGAAACAAUUUCAACCGAAGUUACAACAACAUUACCCACUCCCAAUUUGACGGUCAGCAAAGACAUCCCAGUUCCGUCGGAAAAUACCAACAAUACGGUGCCUGCAACUAAUUUUCAGCUGCAAGUUAUUGGGAAUGUGAUCGAUGAAUGCUUACAAGAAUUUCGAAUAUCAUUACGAAAUGACAUACAAAAUAUGCAUUUGGAGCUGUUGCGUCAAUUUCACAUACAAAAGGUUCGUACCUAUUAUUAUUGA